AUGCCGCCAUUCUUUUCACCAAGGAAACCGAAGGCACCUAGUCGUAUCGAUACAGAGCAGCGGGCUACUAACUCGCACUACUACACAGCUUUUAAAGUUGUCCUGAAAAUUACCGUUAUCACUCUCGUUAUUUGCAUUGCUUUCUUACCAACAGUGGCACUUCGUAACAAACACGGACAUCGUUCUGACGAAGUUCUUGUUAAAAAUCUGGAACAUCCUGCCAACUUCGAUGUCUCGACUGAACUUGAACGUCAAGUUACUCAUGUUCCACUUCGCUUUGUGAAGUCUGCGAAGUUACUUGUUCAACAAUUACGCAUUCGUGACUCGAAAUUGGAAAAGUUGACGGAUGCUUCUUCUAGCGAACGGGUCGAACGAUCUGAGGACGUUACUGAUGCUACUACGAAAGGUAGUCAAUAUGGGGAUUACUUACUUGGUGGCUCAAAGCGCCAAGCCAAGUCUGAAAUCGAACGAUUACAGCAUUGUUCUCCAGAGAUCAAAAGCAAGAACGAAGGGAAAUGUAUCAGACAAUUGCCUCUUCCCAUUAGAGACGAUGACCGUGUAAUUUCAAAGCGUUGUUCUUGGCAAGAAAGACGCACGCACGGCGGAAGGUGUGUCUCUCAUGAGUGGCAACCCACACGUCGCUCCUUAAUCGUGGAUGAAAAUACUGCUCUUUCCUCGGUUCAUACGCUCACGCCCACUUAUACUCACACGCCUGAGGUCACCAGCACUUGUUCCUACGAUAGUGGGGUCAAGAACGGAGGAGUAUGCCCCAAGGGAUUAGUAAAUGGUCUAAAGCCAGCGGAGAACAAACCAAUUUCUAUUUUGGUCAGGCCACCACCUGUCGAUCCCAAUAGAAAACAACAAUCACGGGAAGCAGCAAUAGAUGAGGAGACCAGUGUCAACUACAGACCCUAUAAGGCAGAUUGGUGUAGACAUGGCUGGGUUCGUACCACUGAUGGUUGGUGUAUUUAUCGAGGUAGCUUUGAAUACCAGACGAUCAGACCGGAAAUUCUUAAUAAUCCACCCACUUCUAAAAGAUCGGUACUAUUAGAACCACGGCGUCGUGAAGCGAUACUGAAUGAACCAACUAAACUCGAAUCUAGGCCUUUUCCGGCUAAAUCAUGUCCAGAGUUUUGGGUUCAUACCAAUGACGGUUGGUGUUACUAUCGUGGCUCAUCGAGUAAGCUGUUGGGAUUUUGGGGACCCGAUACAAAGAAGUCAUUAUCUCCAGAACAAAAACGUCGCGAUGAUGGUGUGAGCAAUGGGGCCAAAGAAACAAACACUGGCCAAGAUGACUCAUUUCAUUGGAUCAUAAACGAUGACGGUACCUGUGUUCCUGAAAGCACACUAUGGGCUGAUCACGAAGAUCCGGGAUUCUAUUCGGGGAUUCAUUCACCAUUUGACUCCGGGCUUCACACAGUUGAGUCCAUAAAUUCAGAUAUCCCAGAUGACUGCAUGGGUGCAGGCUUUCCGGCUCCUUCGUGCCCAUCUCCUUGGAAGCACGAUGAUGGCUGGUGCAUAUGGCUCGGUGAUGGUAUCGACGAUUGGGAUUGGAAGAGAUCAUUUCUAGAGCCUGUUGGAUCAACUUCUCAACGUCGUAAUAAAGCUGAAGACCAGAAGACACAGGUUCCUUCUUCACUGACUAGUAAUGGACUUUCAUCUACCAUAAAACCUAAACUUUCUGUUGCAAUAUCGUCAUCGAAGCAUCCCGCGACUACCACUGCUACACAUACUUCUGGUUCCAACUCUAUCUCUACCGCCAUCUCCCCUACUACCACUCUCCCUUCCCGCACAGUUGGAAAGUGUGACCCCCCUUGGAUCCGUACUAUGGAUGGCCGGUGCUUCUUCGAUCCCAAUUAUGAACGCAAGCAUCCUCAAGAUCCAUUAUCCCGGCCUCGAAAGACAAUCCGGCAACGACGCGGUGGUUCCAUAAGCAAAGAGCGUGAUGUUGCUCCCAGUUGGCAAGCUGAUUCAUGUGAGCCGCCUUGGAUUCGUACUGAUGAAUAUUGGUGUAUAUAUAGACCAGAUUACAAGCAUGGAACACAUGCAUCUUUGCCUGAGAAUACAGAACAAUCCAAUACCACGAGCCAAUCCAAUGAUACGACACAACCGAGUGCCACAGUAAAACUAGAUGUAACAGAUCAAUCCACUGCUACAGCUCAACCAACUCCCAUACAAACAGUAACUUUAAUCCGCCACUGUAUCAGUGACUUGCGAGGAAAUCUUCAAUGCUUUGAUGAGUCGCCUGGACAUUGGCCUGCAACUACACAAGUUUCAUCAGCUCAUCAUCGUCGAGGUCUUUGGCCCGCCGAUUGGGUACCACAAACACCAAACGACUGUGAUCGUUUUCUCGGAAACACAUUUAAGCACUACCAGUGUCUCCAAUCGGUCAAACAUAGAAACGUCGGAUUGAAACUCAUCAUGGCUUUCCUACUUCUCGCUGGAUUUGGUUCUCUUGUAUUCCUCAUCAUCACUUGUGUUAAUCGAGCUACACGUCCGAAAGCUCAGCCGUUUCGACAAUUCAGCGGGAUUGUUGAUGCAAAUGGUAUGACUCAACAUUCAGCACCUGUGUGUAACACUUAUCCUUGGAAUAAGAAAGGAGAUACAACGAACCAAAUGGACGGAGAUCGAUGGGCUAGGGGUCCGCCUGCUUACGAUCCCUUGAGGCAAUUAACUCCAGAGCAUUCAGGCAGUUUAGUGGCCUGUACCAGGAAAAAUAAUUGCGCAAGUGGUAGUUCGGAUUCGAAUCAGAGUUGGAUUAGAAAAUUGUGUAAUAAAUGUUUCAAGAGUCGAACUAAUUCGUCGGGCUCGGAUAGAGAAGCACAGGCUGGAAGUUUGGGGCAUGGGUUGAGGAAAACUAAUCAUAGGAUUGAUACGCUGAGAUUGCCGAGUGCAAAAUUGGCGACGGUGAGGAGGGCAAGUGGAUUGCCGAGUGAAGAGAAUGGAGAUGCGUUCGUGGGUGGAAGUAUGGAGACGGUGGUUAUUGGAAGUGUAGGGAAGGGGUCGGGAAGUGCGGUGGGUAUGAGGGGCUCGGAUAGUGGUUCUGCUGGGAUUGCGGGUGAUACUGAUGGUGAUCUUGCUGGUGCAGCAGCGAGUGCUUUGAUGAAAUUGGGAAAUCUUAGUGGUGAUACGCUUGUGGAGCCGGCACCGACGAUGUUGGAAUGUAGGAAGGGAAAGGGCGGAAAGGAUGUUGGGAUGGGGGGUGACUUGAAGACGGGAAAUGGUAAUGCGAAGAAGGUGGAGUUUCAGGGGGAAGAGGAAUUUGAAGAGGUGCGUGGUUGGAGGGAUGUUGAGAGGGUUGAACCGUUGAAGAUUGAGAAGGUUGAUAAGGAGAAUUUUAAGAGGAAGGGAGAGGGAGAGGAAAUGGGUGGUGAGGUGGAGAUGAUGUUGAUGACAGUUGUGGGGGAGGAGAAUGAUGAGGAUGAGAGGAGAGAGAAGUUGGAGAGGAGGUCUAGUUAUGUUUGUGUUAGUGGAUGUUAG